UUCAUCAACUCAGUCAGAUGCGCACAGCUCAGACUUCCUCGUACAGUCCAGUGCGCUGCGCUCUGUCGCCUCGUCUGCAUCUUCAACCCUAACCCAGAGAGAAAGAGAGAGAUAUAAAAAAAAAUCGACAGUAAAGAGAUGGAACCUUCAUAAAAGACAUGGGGAAUAUUCUUCAAACGGUCAUCUGAAUCUAGAAGAGCACAGAUAAACCACAGAAAUAAUUAUCCAAGUGGUUCCAAGAGUGGUGAAAGCGCGAAGGCACUAUGGGCUGCGUGGGCUCUAAGAAGGAGCAGGAGCCUCUUAGCAAAGGGACGGGGAACGAUGAUCUGCAGAACCGUACACAGACGGCCCACUAUGUCAAAGACCCCACCACAGGAAACUCUGGGGCCAAAGCUAACAAAAUGCUCUCCAAUGCAAACUCUUCAGACGGAGAGAGUAUUGCAAUGGCACUGUACGACUAUGAGGCCAUUCAUGAAGGAGACCUUGGCUUCAAGAAGGGAGAUAAGCUCAAAAUCUUAGAGGAGUCAGGGGAGUGGUGGAGAGCUAUGUUAAUCAGCACAGGUCAGGAAGGUUACAUCCCCAGUAAUUAUGUAGCCAAAGACACCCUGGAGGCAGAGGAGUGGUUCUUUAAGGGCGUGAGCAGGAAAGAUGCUGAGAGGCAGCUGCUGGCUCCUGGGAACAAAGUGGGAUCCUACAUGAUCCGAGACAGUGAGACCACCAAGGGCAGCUACUCUCUGUCUGUCAGGGACAGCGAUGUCCAUUCUGGUGACACAGUGAAACAUUAUAAGAUCCGUACGCUGGACAAUGGAGGAUUCUACAUCUCUCCGCGCAACACCUUCAGCACCCUGCAGGAGCUGGUCAGCCAUUACAAGAAGCAGGGAGAUGGCCUCUGCCAAACCCUGACCAGCCCAUGCUUGAGCCCCAAACCCGAGAAGCCAUGGGAGAAAGAUGCCUGGGAAAUCCCAAGAUCCUCACUAAAACUGGAGAGGAGGCUUGGCGCUGGCCAGUUUGGAGAAGUCUGGAUGGCUACAUACAAUAAACACACAAAAGUAGCAGUGAAAACCAUGAAGCCUGGCAGCAUGUCAGUUGAGGCCUUUAUGGGUGAGGCCAAUCUGAUGAAGAGCCUGCAACAUGACAAACUGGUCCGACUCCAUGCAGUGGUCACAAAGGAGGAGCCCAUCUAUAUCAUCACUGAGUUCAUGGAGAAAGGAAGUUUAUUAGACUUCUUAAAGAGCGACGAGGGCAACCGUGUGCAGCUUCCCAAGCUCAUUGACUUCUCUGCCCAGACUGCAGAGGGCAUGGCCUACAUUGAGCAAAGGAACUACAUCCACAGAGACCUGAGAGCUGCCAACAUCCUGGUCAAUAAGGCUUUAGUAUGCAAAAUUGCUGACUUUGGCCUCGCCCGUAUCAUUGAAGACAACGAGUACACCGCCAGAGAAGGAGCCAAAUUCCCCAUCAAAUGGACUGCUCCUGAGGCCAUCAACUAUGGCUCUUUCACCAUCAAAUCUGAUGUCUGGUCCUUUGGCAUCUUACUGACCGAGAUUAUCAGCUACGGACGCACACCAUACCCAGGAAUGACCAAUCCAGAAGUGAUCCGUUCCCUGGAGAAGGGCUAUCGAAUGCAGCGCCUGGAGAGCUGUCCCACCGAGCUCUAUGAAAUCAUGCUGGAGUGCUGGAAGAACAAACCUGAGGACCGUCCCACUUUUGAUUACCUGCAGAGUGUCCUGGAGGAUUUCUACACAGCCACAGAGAGCCAGUAUCAGCAGCAGCCAUGAGACUUUUGCAUUACAUCACUUUAGAUUCAUACGUAACUGCAUGUCCAGCUUCUACAUUCAGCAGUGCAGUUCACACACACACACACACACAUGCUCUGUCUUUACCAUUGUCUCUCUGUCUGUCUCUCUCUAUCAUUCACACACAUACUAUAUUAUAACAAGGGACUAUACAAAAAUUAUUGGGCAUGGUCAAACCAUUUUAAUAUAACCACAGUAUAGAGAUUAAGUAAAGCAAAAUAUAAAGACAAUAUAGGAUAGCUAUGAUUAUUACUAUUAAUUAUAUUAUGACACACAAUCCUACCUCAUAUUUAGGUCAGGAACAAAGCAAAACAGAUGCUGUCUGAUAUUGUUCUGAAGGCUUGGUUAUACAUGACCACAGCUGCAUCAACUGUACUGGAUUACCUUCACAAAACUGACCAUAAACCACAAAUCCUCUGGAUGCACACCAGCAGCACUCUUGUGAAUCAGUGGACAUAUAUAGUAAAUUAUAUGUGCAGUAUGUAAGUAAUCAGUACGUGUCUUAGUUAUAUGUGCAGCUUCUAAUAUGAAGUGUCGAUUGCUUCACAUAAUUUAUUUUUACUUUUAUUGUACUUUAUUUUACUUUACAUUGCACAUAUUAUGCUGAUCACUGUAUUAUGAAAUAAAGCUGCACAUCAUUAUGCACAGAAAAAACAAGUGACUUGACAUUUACUGUAAUUUAUAUCUCUAUGGAGAGAUAACUGCUGGUAAUUGGUUGGUACCAUUAUUGAGCUUUACAGGUGCAAAACUGUAAAAAGCAAUACUGAGGAAGGAAAGACUGAUAUAAAAUAAAUCUGGGGAAAAACAGACACCCCACUGCUGUGAAAAUCCGGUUUCUUGUUACUAAUCACAAAGAAAAGAUAAAUAAAUCACCUUUCAUGGCCCUUAUAAUUUUUGUACAGUCUCUAACAUAAUAAUGCAAUUGUAAAUGCAUGGCCGUGUCACUAACAGAUAUGAUUUCACACAACGUACAUAUUCACAAGCAAACAGCUGUAGGCCACCUGAAUGCAGUCACAUAGAAAAGACUGGAUGUAGUUGUUAUGCUCCAGCACACAUUGUGCAUCCAUCAAAAGAAGCUAUAACCAGAUACACAGAUGUUCACAUUAGGAUAUUUGCAGUGUUCCGCUCUGAUAUGAAUAUGUUAAUGUCAACAAUUCUGUAAGCAAAGUUGUUGUUGUCUGCUCUCUUCUCUUCUUCUGAUAAAUGCAGUGUUUUUACAUGGAAUAAUUGACUGUGGACCUAACAGAGUGUAAAAUGUGUGGCUGAUUAUCUUUAAAUCCUCUAUUUAUAUUCCUUUGAUAUUUUCCAUGAUACUGUGGCUUGUUUCAGCAAUUAUCUUUCACUGUGCCUUUCACCACAGUUUUUUCCUCUUUUCAGUCUUUUAUGAUGUAUUCCAUAUGCUUUGUAUUUAAAACUGGUGUACACAAAUACAUACAUUUAUUUAGAAGAAUAGUCUUUAAUAAUAAUAAUAAUAAUGCUUGCUGAUCCUUUGGGCCCAUUAAACCGUUGCUGUGUUGGGAACGAAAUGAAAGCAGUGAAUGCAGAUUUCACGUCUUUCAGCCUUCUUUUUUCUGUGUGGAAAAAUAAUUUAUUGAUGCAAAUAGUACUGCUCUGAACAACAGUGUAUCUUGAAUGGAAUUUUCUUUUCUGAACUAAAAGCUUUUCUAUCAUUUUAUUUUUUUGUGGAGGACAUUGUUUGGAUAAUGUGUUUCAAAGGGAAUAUUCUCAAGUUUGUCAUUUAAUCAUUUUGUCAUUUCAUGAUUUGGUAUUGUCUAUUUAAAGAGAACUGUGAGGAACAAUACCUGAGAGAAUGAAGCUUUCUUUGGGACGCUUAUAAAGAGAUGAUGUGUGACAAUAUUGAAUCAAUGCCCUGUACUGCAGACAUAUUCAUAGGGUUACAAAUGUUUUUUUUUGUGUUAUCUUUAUCAAUAUAAAACCCUUUUCAUAUAUUGUUAGAUGAUCAGUUAAAUGCAACUGGUGAAAAUUUUCAAAUAAAUUGUUUUUGAAACAA